GGACCCAAACAAAAUAGGACUAUUUAAAUACAAAAUUUGGAAAUCAAGCACCUCCACCUAUUCACCACCCCCAACCACCUCUCACUUCCUAAAUGGCAUGCACACGCAUACCACAAGACAAAUGUGAGGUGAGGAUUGGGAAAAAUCCGUUAUCCCUUUUCAACACGGGCACUAAAGCUUAAAGUUCAAUUGUUGAUGUGAAACUGGUGCAAUCAGAGUAGCGUGUAGUUUCCUCGCUUGAUCCGCUGUUAGUUGGAGGGUCUUGCUUCGUAACCAGAACGUGAUCGGUCACCACUAUGACAUUCCUACUAAAGAGUCCUACGCUGAACAGUUUUUGUUUCAUCUCUAUCGUCUUUAUUUCUGGGCUGGAAGGAGCGUGUCUCAACAUCGUCACUAGGGAAGAAUGGGGCGCCAGGGAGCCCAGGUCUGUGAGCUACCUACCCAAGCAGCCGGUACCCUACGUGUUCAUCCACCACUCCGCCGGUGCAGAGUGUUUCAACAAGUCAGCCUGCAGCAAAGUGGUGAGAGGCUACCAGGACUUUCACAUGGACGUCAGAGGUUGGGACGACAUUGGCUACAGUUUCGUCGUCGGCGGUGACGGCACGGUGUUUGAGGGCCGUGGCUGGGACAGGAUUGGAGCACAUACGCUGGGGUUCAACUCCGUUGGCUUAGGUUUCUGUUUGUCCGGUGAUUUCACUGACCACUUGCCUCCAAAGAUCCAAAUGGACACGGUCAAGAUGUUGAUUAAGUGUGGAGUUGACAUGGGAAAAAUAGACAGUAACUACACCUUAAGAGGCCACCGCGACAUGAAGCCAAGUACAGCCUGUCCGGGCGAUGCUCUGUACGCAGAAAUCAGAACCUGGCCUCACUAUGUCACAAGUGAUCUAACUUUCGAAGGAGCCAGCCCGACCAUUAACAUUUCAUCUCUUGCUAAAACAGAGCCAACUCCAAGUCUUAAUGAAGUGAAUCAAAGUAGUGAUAGUCUUGAGGUCACACUGGCUAACACAGUGUCUGCUCCAGUUGACAUCAAGCCAACGCCAUCUCAAGAUCAGACAUCAUUAAAUGACGUACAACUGACAAUAACUAACCAGCUUUCUCCAUCAGAUGACUCAAAGUCCUUGUUACCUGAGUUAAAGUCAUCAUUAUAUUCCUCAAAGCAGCCAAUAGUAAACGCACUGCCUUUUAUAGAUGACGUCAAGCAUUCGUUAGCUGGCACAGAAGCCGAGGCCCAGUCUUUAUUGAAUCAUUUGAAACCCACAGCAGGGGACUUGCAGUCUUCGGUAGAAGUCUUAGAGUCUACAGUAAUUGAUAUGCAGAAAACAUUACUUGCCUCGAAUCCCACAGAAGUUGGCAUGCAGACUCCAUUGCCUCACUUGAGGACCACUGUAACUGAUGUACAAUCAACAUUUUUCUCCAGAGAGGACCCCCGUACAGAAUGUGCUGAUAUAAAGGCCGUUUUAAGAGAUGUGAAGUCAACACUAGAUGGCGUGCUGACCACAAUAGUCGGCCUACAAUCCACAUUGGCUGGCGUCAUGACUACAGUGAAUGAUUUACAGUCCAAAUGUGCUAAGCCAACUGAAUCGAAGACCAGCGUUAAUCCCACUAUGACUGAAGGCAAGGCAAUAUUAGUUGAGCCGAUUCCCUAUCCAGCGUUAUUUCAGGAGACCUCCAAAACGCACGUUCCUGUGAUUAGUUCCUCGGUCGAGGUGAACACUACGAGUGCCACCCAAGACAAAACGAUGACUAAAGAUGUGACACAUCCCUAAAUGUAUCCUCUUGUAGGAAACAAAUAUUUAUUAUUGCAACUGCAAAUGUCAUAAAAACACGGAUUUUGAGCUCCUGUCAAAAGAUUGUAACACGACAUUAGUAUGCCGACUCCAAUUCUGUCUAGGUGACCUCUGACCUCAGUCGCUUAUGUGAUAUUGUAUAAUUUUUGCUUUUGUUAAUUUAAACAUUCCUUUAAAAAAAAAAAAAAAGCUGUUUUUGUGAUGCAUCUGAACGCGAUUAGUUACUUCCCACUGACGAGCUGUAUGUAGGCCUAUUUAUUGACAGAAAAAACUAGAAAUCGAUCUUUUUUCUAAGUUUUUCUUCAUCUCCUUGUAAAAUCUACUGAUCAAAUUUUAGGUACUGUCCUGAAUUAAGGAUACAUUAUUUUAAUUUUGAAAAUAUGCUUUCUGAUAAUCAAAACCAAUUAGUGAUCACCUUGUAAACGAGGCUUGGUCCAUCCUAGUAUCAAAUCGGAAAGAAAAAAAUCAAUUCAUUUUGGGCACACAGUUGUUAUAUUAUUAGUAUGAUUUAAUUUUGAUUCAAGAUGGCUAACUUAUCUGUUAAAGAGAUUAAUUUUUUUUUAUCCCCAGUAACUAGAGGUAAUUUUUGUUUUCAAAGUUCAGUUGCAUCUGCUGGAAAAAAAAAAUAAACUGGAUCUUCCAAGAGA